AUGAGAUGGAACAAGAAGAACGUCAUCAACCUCGUCUCAAACUCCACUCACCUCCCCGCUCCCAUCACCCCGCCGCCACCUGAGAUCUACAGAUUACCUCAUCCUCUACCCAAGCCUCCUACCAACAACACCCCCAUCCCUCCCACUCUCACUCUCUCUCCAUCUCCCCAUCACUCCCACUUCCACAACUUCCUCGAAACCAACCUCCCUCACCACCAAACCCUAACCCCACAAUCCCUCACCACCUUCCUCCGCUCCAACCUCCGUCACCACCCCCUCUUCGCCCACCACGACUUCGCCGUCUUCAUCUGGGCCUCCACCCUCGACACCUUCCGCCACGACCAUGAUUCCUUCCUCUGGAUGGCUAGAUCCCUCGCCGCCACCCACCGUUUCUCCGAUCUCCACCGUCUGCUCGGUUUCGUCGCCGCGAAUCCUUGCCCCUGCGCCUCAGGUAUCUUCUCUUGCCCAAAGCUGGAACCUUUAUUCCGUGGGGCGAUAGAUGCAUACUGUAGAGCUGGGAAGAUGGAUUUAGCACUGUUAGGGUUUGAUACGAUGAAGAGAUUAAUCGAUGGGAAAAUAAACGUUGCCAUUUACAACACUGUGAUGAAUGGUUAUGUGAAGUGUUGUGAUAUGGAGAAAGCUUUAUUGUUUUAUAAGAGGAUGGGGAAGGAAAGAGUGAAGCUUGAUGUGUGCACGUUCAACAUUCUUAUAAACGGUUAUUGUAAGAGUGGUGAGUUUGAUAAGGCUUUGGAUAUGUUUAGGGAGAUGAAGGAGAGAGGAGGUUGUGAGCCUAAUGUGGUUAGCUUCAAUACUUUGAUAAGAGGGUUUUUAGGGAAGGGGAAGGUUGAGGAAGGUGUUAAAAUGGCUUAUGAGAUGAUUGAGUUAGGUUGUGGAUUCUCUGAAGCUACUUGUGAGAUUCUUGUUGAUGGGUUGUGUAGAGAAGGUUUGGUUGAUGAUGCUUCAGGGUUGGUGAUUGAUCUUUUGGGGAAGAGGGUUUUACCUAAAGGGUUUGAUUAUGGGAGUUUAGUUGAGAGGCUUUGUAGAGAGAAGAAGGUGGAUAGAGCGGUGGAGAUGGUUGAGGAGGUUUGGAAGAACGGUGGAGAUUUGUGUUUGAUUGCUUGUACUACACUCGUUGAAGGGUUGAGGAAAUCAGGAAGAGCAGAGAAAGCAUCAGAGUUUAUGGAGAAGAUGAUGGUGAAUGUAGGCGUGGUUCCUGAUAGUGUGACGUUUAACUUGGUUCUUCGGGAUCUCUGUGAUUCUGGUCGUUCGGUUGAUGCAAACAGGUUGAGAGUAUUGGCAACAAGGAAAGGAUUUGAGGCCGAUGAGACGACGUACCAUGUUUUGGUUUCGGGGUUUUCGAAAGAAGGGAGGAGAAAGGAAGGAGAAGUUUUGGUGAAUGAGAUGUUGGAUAAAGACAUGUUGCCUGAUAUCUUUACGUAUAAUAGAUUGAUGAAUGACCAAUUGAAGGAUCAUUUCCUCAAACUAACACCGAGUGGUACUGUCACUCUCAGUCACACUAUGAAGAGCUUCAGGCUAAAGAACAAAAAGGGCAUCAGUGAAGGAGGAAGAGGAGAGAAAGCUUCUCUUUACACAGAAGCUGACAAGUUAUGCAAAGUGAUAUCAUGCAAAACUAUACCUCAAAGGCACAUGGAGUAUUAUUGA